AGCAGGAUGUUUGUCACAGAGCGUUGGUUCAUCUUGAAGACGUGCGGCACCACUACACUGCUGAACGCCAUCCAGCCCCUGCUGAAACUAGUCAAGGAAAAGUGUGGCUUUGACACUGCUGCUGACAUUUUCUACUCAAGGAAGAAUUUCCUGCAGCCUGAUAAGCAGCCAUACAUUCACAGGGCCUUUGAGAAGGAGGCGGAUAUCCUGGACACUAUGUUCAAGAAUGGCGCCGCCUACACACUGGGGCGCAUCAACCGUGACUGCUGGUAUCUGAACACGCUCUAUGAAGUGGGCGUCAGCCAGCCUGAUCAGACAGUGGAACUGCUCAUGUGGGGCCUGUGCCCCAACAUCAUGAAUAUCUUCACACGGGAAGUGAGCGCUGACGGGCCUGAUGCCACCAGGAAAUCUGGCAUCGACAAGAUCCUCCCCGAUGCAAAGAUUGACGAGUUCCUGUUUGAGCCAUGUGGUUACUCCAUAAACGGACUGCUGCCCCACGGUCAGUACUUCACCAUUCAUGUGACCCCGGAACCCAACUGCUCCUACGUGAGCUUUGAGAGCAAUGUGCCCAAGGUAGAUCAAGCCCAAAUGCUCCUACGUGAGCUUUGA